CAGGGCCUGCAAGGAUGCUGGCUGUCCCAGAGAUGGGCCUGCAGGGGCUGUAUAUCGGCUCCAGCCCAGAGCGAUCCCCAGUGCCCAGCCCACCCGGCUCCCCAAGGACCCAGGAAAGCUGCGGCAUUGCCCCCCUCACUCCCUCACAGUCUCCAAAGCCAGAGGUCCGAGCCGCCCAGAAGGCCUCCUUCUCCGUGGUGGUGGCCAUCGACUUUGGCACCACCUCCAGUGGCUAUGCCUUCAGCUUUGCCAGUGACCCCGAGGCCAUCCACAUGAUGAGGAAAUGGGAAGGCGGGGACCCGGGCGUGGCGCACCAGAAGACCCCGACCUGCCUGCUGCUGACUCCGGAGGGCGCCUUUCACAGCUUUGGGUACACUGCCCGAGAUUACUACCACGACCUGGAUCCCGAGGAGGCGCGGGACUGGCUAUAUUUCGAGAAGUUCAAGAUGAAGAUUCACAGUGCCACUGAUCUCACCUUGAAAACUCAGCUAGAGGCGGUAAAUGGAAAGAAGAUGCCAGCCCUGGAAGUGUUCGCCCAUGCUCUGCGCUUCUUCAAAGAGCACGCCCUUCAGGAGCUGAGAGAACAGUGCCCAUCGCUUCCAGAGAAGGACACUGUGCGCUGGGUGUUGACGGUGCCUGCCAUCUGGAAACAGCCAGCCAAGCAGUUCAUGCGGGAGGCUGCCUACCUGGCUGGCCUGGUGUCUCGAGAGGAUGCAGAACAACUGCUCAUUGCUCUGGAGCCCGAGGCCGCCUCAGUCUACUGCCGCAAGCUGCGUCUGCACCAGCUCAUGGACCUGAGCAGCCGGGCCCCGGGAGGGGGGCGCCUGGGCGAGCGCCGCUCCAUUGACUCCAGCUUCCGGCAGGCUCGGGAGCAGCUGCGAAGGUCCCGCCACAGCCGCACGUUCCUGGUGGAAUCCGGUGUCGGAGAGCUGUGGGCAGAGAUGCAAGCAGGAGACCGCUACGUGGUGGCAGACUGCGGAGGAGGCACCGUGGACCUGACGGUGCAUCAGCUGGAGCAGCCCCACGGCACCCUCAAGGAGCUCUACAAGGCGUCUGGUGGCCCCUACGGUGCGGUGGGCGUGGACCUGGCCUUCGAGCAGCUGCUGUGCCGCAUCUUUGGCGAGGACUUCAUUGAUACCUUCAAAAGGCAGCGGCCUGCUGCGUGGGUGGAUCUGACCAUUGCCUUCGAGGCCCGCAAACGCACCGCAGGCCCGCACCGAGCGGGGGCGCUCAACAUCUCACUGCCCUUCUCCUUCAUUGACUUCUACCGCAAGCAGCGAGGCCACAACGUGGAGACCGCCCUGCGCAGGAGCAGCGUGAACUUCGUGAAGUGGUCCUCACAGGGGAUGCUCCGGAUGUCCUGUGAGGCCAUGAACGAGCUCUUCCAGCCCACUGUCAGCGGCAUCAUCCAGCACAUAGAAGCGGUGCUGGCUCGGCCAGAGGUGCAGGGCGUGAAGCUGCUGUUCCUGGUGGGCGGCUUCGCGGAGUCGGCAGUGCUGCAGCAGGCGGUGCAGACGGCGCUGGGCGCCCGCGGCCUGCGUGUUGUGGUCCCGCACGACGUGGGGCUCACCAUCCUCAAAGGCGCCGUGCUCUUCGGCCAGGAUCCGGGCGUGGUGAGAGUGCGCCGCUCGCCGCUCACCUACGGCGUGGGCGUGCUCAACCGCUUUGUGGCUGGGCGCCCCCCGCCGGAAAAGCUGCUGGUUCGCGACUGUGCCGCCGAGGACGCGCGCUUCAUCACCGACCCCGGCGUGCGCAAGUGCGGCGCGCUCAGCCUGGAGCUCCAGCCGGCCGACGGCUGCGCGGACUCCGCUGCUGCGCCCCCGGGCCGCCGCGAGAUCCGAGCUGCCAUGCAGUUCGGCGACACCGAGAUUAAGGUCACCGCCGUAGACGUCAGCACCAAUCGCUCUGUGCGUGCCGCUAUCGACUUUCUUUCCAACUGAGGGCGUGCCGGCUUGGUGCCAGCCCGAAUCUGCCCGGCCCCGCCCUCUUUCUGUUCCUGGGUCCGAAGGGCUGGGUGGGGCCCAGGAACCGCUUGUUCUGAUGUCAGGCUUGUUCUGAUGUCAGCGCUCCUUUCCCGGUCCUCUAAUCCCGGGGUAGGGUAGGGAUUAGAUCAUGGGAGAGCGGGUGGGGGCACGGCCAGAGGAUCAGAUUUUGGAAUUGGGCCCUGGUCCGCUGACUGCAGACUGAAGGGCCAGGCCAAGGACAGCGGGGGGGAAAAGUGAAAUUUGGAACAGGUUUGCAAGAGGCGCAUGAUCCCGAAGGCAAAAUGCAACAAAAGGGAGAACCCUGGCCGGAUCAUGGGGGAGGGUGCGUAGGAAGGAGGCCGUUGGGACGGAGAGGCUGCAGAAGCAGCAGGACUUUGUGCCUGGCCCGGACCUGCAGGGCCAGAGUUCACCGAUAGGGGUUCUGCCAUACAGGGUUCUGGGCAGAGCAACCCUGUGCAGGCAGGCAGGAAGAGACUGGAGGUGGACAGCGGAGGUACAGGUGUGUGGCACCUUUGGCUUGAUACUGACCCCCAGGUAUGACUGCUAAUUGCAGGAAGGCCAGUAGCUAAUGGGGAGAAGAGUAUGUUAUGGCGAAGGCAGGUUACAGGGGACAUGGGGGGGGAGGUUAUGGUGGCAAGCCGGGUAGGGGGCAUUUCAUGACAAAAUACCUAUCUGAAAAGGCCAUAAGGGAUCACUUGCAUCCCACACCAGUAACGGAAAGGAGUUAGGGGUCUAGGGCACAGGGGAUAGGGGAACAGAGGAAGCAGGGGGGUGGGGUGGAAGAGGGUUGCGGGGGACUGGUCCCAGCUCUGCCCUCUACUUGGUGUGCCGUUAGGAUAUUUCCUGAUUACACGUGGGCCUCGGUGUCUCCAAGUGUGAAAUGCCAGGCACCUCUUUCCAACCAUGACAUGCAACAGCCCCACUGCCUGAGAACUCUUAAGGUGACAAUAAAACAUUUAUGCUCAUGGGGAAGCCACA